AACUAGGAGUAGUCAACAUCCACCAGGGCUAUUUUCGUCAUUUAACCCUAAAUAGAUUCCUAUAUAUACCACUUAAAUUACUUAUCCAAAAUUACUUAAUCGAAAAAGUUAUUAUUCCCAAAGAAAAAAUCCCUCUCACUUAAAACAUAUCCAAUUAGAAUCAUUAUUCUAAUUAGUUGUUUUGGUUUUAAAUUAACGUAAAUUUUCCCGAGAAAGCGCGAGAAAAUUAGGAAAGAAAAUAAUUGAUAAAAAGAGGAUGAGAAUAGAUUUACAGGGCCAGGCAGGGUGUAGAAAAUUAUAGCAUUUCAUUCUCGUGUUCUUUACUUUUUCUGUCCGAGAAAACAGCUCAUUCCAAAACACUUGCUCCCCUAAUUUAAUUUUUAAUCCAUCUUUUUUUUUUUUUUCUCGUCCAAAUUUUCUCUUUUUUAUCUUCAAAUCUGUAGAAAAAAAAAGCAUGCAUGUGACAAGUGUGUAAUUUCUUAUUGACCCAUCGAAUAAAAAUCCGAUCGGCGAUUUUAUCUGUUUGGGGGAGAAGGAGAGAGAAAGAACAAACUUCUUCCUCAUCUGAGUGACUGAUCUGUGGUGGUGAUGGGGAAGGUGGCGGUGGGGGCAGCGGUGGUGGGUGCGGCGACAGUUUGCGCUGCGGCGGCGCUGGUGGUGCGCCACAGGAUGAUAAGCUCUGGUAAGUGGGCUCGGGCUUUGGCUAUAGUGAAGGAGUUCGAUGACAAUUGUUCGACUCCAAUUGGGAAGCUCAGACAGGUGGCCGAUGCUAUGACCGUUGAGAUGCACGCCGGUCUGGCAUCUGAAGGUGGCAGUAAGCUUAAGAUGCUUAUCAGCUAUGUCGAUAACCUCCCCACUGGUGAUGAGAAAGGUCUAUUCUAUGCUUUAGAUCUCGGUGGUACUAAUUUCCGCGUGCUACGCGUACAGCUAGGUGGUAAAGAUCACCAUGUUGUUAGACAAGAAUUUGAUGAGGUCUCAAUUCCACCUGAUGUGAUGACUGGAUCUUCAGAGGGUUUAUUUGACUUUAUAGCCGCAGCACUUGCAAAGUUUGUUUCUGAAGAAGGUGAGGGUUUUCACCCUGCACCAGGUAGGCAAAGGGAGCUGGGCUUUACCUUUUCAUUUCCUGUGAAGCAAUUAUCGAUUUCUUCUGGGACCCUUAUCAAGUGGACUAAGGGCUUCAGCAUUGAAGACACGGUUGGACAAGAUGUGGUGGGUGAGCUGACCAAAGCACUUGAAAGAAUUGGACUUGAUAUGCGGGUUACAGCUUUGGUCAAUGAUACAAUUGGUACAUUGGCUGGAGGAAGAUACACCAACCCGGAUGUCAUUGCUGCUGUGAUUUUGGGAACUGGAACAAAUGCUGCUUAUGUUGAGAGGGCUCAGGCAAUUCCCAAGUGGCAGGGUCUUUUACCUAAGUCAGGAGAGAUGGUGAUCAACAUGGAGUGGGGUAACUUCCGGUCAUCUCACCUUCCUUUAACAGAAUAUGAUCAAGCACUGGAUUCUGACAGUUUGAAUCCUGGGGAACAGAUAUUUGAAAAGUUGAUUUCUGGAAUGUACUUGGGGGACAUUGUCCGUAGAGUUUUGUGUAAACUGGCUGAAGAAGCUGAGUUUUUUGGUGAUACUGUUCCGCCAAAACUAAAAAUUCCCUUUAUACUAAGGACACCCGACAUGUCUGCGAUGCAUCACGACACAUCUCCAGAUCUGAAGAAGGUUGCAAGCAAGCUAAAGGAUCUCCUAGAGAUAUCUAACACCUCCCUCAAAACGAGAAAAACAAUAGUGGAGAUUUGUGAUAUUGUCGCCACUCGAGGAGCUCGACUAUCAGCCGCAGGGAUCUUAGGAAUCCUCAAGAAAUUGGGAAGAGACACAGUAAAAUUGGGAGAUAAACAGAAGUCUGUAGUGGCAUUGGAUGGUGGUUUGUACGAGCACUACACUAAAUUCAGGGUCUCAAUGGAAAAAUCCCUCACCGAGUUGUUGGGGGAGGAAGUUUCCGCAAACAUUUUAGUGGAGCACUCUAAUGAUGGCUCUGGAAUCGGGGCUGCUCUUUUGGCUGCAUCUCACUCCCAGUACUUAGAGGUAGAAGAGCCUUAAAGAAGACGGUAACCGAAGGACAAAAUGCAUUUCAGUUUUGUAUACUUACUUUCCCCAGUCCAAUUUUUACAACUUCCUCCUAAAUCAUUAAGAUCUCCUCUCACCAUCAACUUUGAGAGAGAUCUUCUUAGCCCUUUAUUUUUUCUGUUAAUUUAUGGUGUUAUGGAGGAUACAAUCCACAAUGGACCCAAACAUGCAGGCAGAGUGAGCAGAGCCGAGUUUAAGGUUUUCUUGCUUCAACCUCUGUAAUGCAUGUUUGGCACCAGUGUAUAAGUUCAUUCGCUAAAAGUAUGCAAUAAAGGGGGAAUGUAAACGGUUUUUUAGCUGUCA